CGGCGUGCGGGGCGGGACCUGGCGCGCCUCGCCGCCAAUCCGCGCGCCGCCCCGACCGUCGCCCACGCCCAUAGGUCCUGCGGAUAAUUGAAGUUAAUUUUAGGCAGACUGUGAGGCGUGUGAUAGGCGGGGAGGCGCGGGGGCGUCCCCGCGGGGCAUGGCCGUGGCGGUGGUCCACCCACGCCUCGCCUCGCUCUGACAGGCGUGUCCAGGAGGCAGUGAAGCAUACUCGCGCGGCGACCCUCCCGCAGACCGCCAGCCCCAGUGGGUGCCUCAGUGCCUCCCCGCGCCGCGCGUCCCGUGCCGCGGAGCCCAGUGACCGGUGCCGAGCCCGCGCCAGGCGCUGACCAGAGCCAUUUUGUCCCGGCGUGAGGCGUGACCGGCGGCACGCAGUGAGUGAGUGAGUGCGUGAGUGACCCGCCGAGCAAAGCCGCCAUGGGCCCCAUCAAGAGUGAGAAGGCGGUGGAAGUGCUGCCCUCGCUGCCCUACCCCGACCCCGCCCUCGCCGCCAUGGACCCCCAAAUCCAGCAGUACGGGGAGGUGAAUCAGCUGGGCGGGGUCUUCGUGAACGGUCGACCGCUCCCCAACCAUAUCCGAAUGCGGAUCAUCGAGUUGGCGCAGUUGGGCAUCAGGCCGUGUGACAUCUCCCGCCAGCUGAGGGUGUCCCAUGGCUGUGUGUCCAAGAUCCUGGCGAGGUACAACGACACUGGCUCCAUCUUGCCGGGGGCCAUCGGGGGGUCAAAGCCUCGGGUCACCACGCCCAAGGUCGUCAACUACAUCAAGGAUCUUAAACACAAGGACCCCGGGAUCUUCGCCUGGGAGAUCCGUGAGCGACUCCUUAAGGACGGCGUCUGUGACAAGUACAACGUGCCAAGCGUGUCCUCCAUUUCCAGGAUCCUGCGGAACAAGAUCGGGUCGCUGCACCACCUGGGCGCGCAGAGCCACUACGAGGUGAAACACCCCACGUCCUCCUCCCUCUACAACACGCUCUACCCCGCCGCCGCCGCCGCCUACACCGCCGCCGCCGCCGCCUACCAGUCCAUGACGCCGCAGGCCGCCAUCCAGCAGGUGUCGCAGGGCACGCAGCAGGCCCUGGGCCCCGGCAGCAUGUCCUCAGCGGGCGGCGGCAAGAUGGGGGGCACGCCCUCGCCGCCCAUGUCGGGCGCCACGUGCGGCAUGCGGCCGCCCUGGCCCUCCUCCCACACGGUGUCGGACCUGCUGGGCCACGUCAACAUGGCCGGCCUGCCGCGCCACCACCACAUGCAGGACGCCAACAACUACAACUACUACAUGUACCUUCAGUCCUGCGGGCCGCAGAGCAACGCGCUGCCGCACGCGCCGCUCGGCCCCAACCCGCUGUCCUCGCCGCUCGCCAACGGCUUCUCCGGCCCGCUGGCCAACACGCUGCCCGCCGCCGCGCUGCCCAACGGCCUGCAGAACGGCUUCGCCAACCCGCUCUCCUCCAUGGUGGGCGCCUCCGCCGCCCUCACCCCGCAGGCCGCCUCGCUCUAACCCGACCCAACCCGACCCGCCCUGUGCACAGCCCCGCCCAUACCCGUGUGCCUUCACCACACACACACACACACACACACACACACACACCAUCAUCGUCAUCAUCAUCAUCAUCACCAUCAUAAGCGAAAUAGAAUGUAACUUUUGUUGUUGAUUCACUCAGGAUAAGACGUGUGUGUGUGUGUGUGUGUGUGUGUGUGUGUGUGUGUGUAAAAAGGAGGAAAAUGUAGAAAUAGAUUAGGUUUCAUGAGAGAGAGUAAUUAGGAUGUUUAGGCAUAACUUAGUGUAAUAAAGAUUAACAACCUCACCACCACCACCACCACCACCAUCCCAUCACCAUCAUUACCACCAUCCCACCACCACUACCACGCCACCACAUUCAUCACCACCACCACCACUAUAGAACCAUCACCACCAACAUCACCACCACCACUAUAGAACCAUCACCCCCAACAUCACCACCACCACCACCAAUCUCACCUCCACCCAGUAUAUAAUAGCAGCCUCGUGGUGGGUGAUGAAAGCGGAGAUGACAGCGACGCCUCCUCGUGGGGCUUCAAGAACAUGACUGGUUCACGUUCGCGUCUCCAAGAAGUUGUCAUGUUGUGCCGUGUUGUGUCCGCGUCUAAUACAUGAAUCAUACGUGUUCCCCCGCCGGUUUUGUUUUGGUUAAGUAUACAGGGUCUUUCUAUGUGUCUUAUGUAUAGCUGAUAUGUGUACUUUUUUAUGUAUGUGUGUAAGUAUGUAUGACCCUCCCCCUCCCCCCCUCCCUCCCCCCCCUCCCCCGGAAGCACCUGGUUGGGGGGAGGCGUUCCCUUUAUCAGGAAUUGUACCUUUUGAGUGACUUUUUGUUGUUUUGUUUUGUUGAUUAUUAUUUCGUGUAUAUUUUUUUUUCCUC